UCUUUCUUUUCGACGCACAAAAAAGAAGUGUUUAUAUCAAUGCGUCGGAAACCAUGAAGGCAAGACAUAGAAUACUGUUUUUCAUAAAAAAUAGACAACAUUUUCUUUUCUAGUCAACGUAAAACGACACUUGAAGCUAAAUGACUCACUAUAUCAGUCAACAGAUCUCUAUCAUAUGCUGUUCCUGGGCUAAAACCAAAACCAUUUGUCCAACUUUUAAUCUUGGUCUUGGCCACUAUUGAUCUUAUCACUCAUUGGCGGGCUUGUUUAUCAUAAUGCAGCUUGUUACUAUCUUAUUUAAGACAAAGCACAAAACGCUUCUUCUUUUGUUUUAUUCAACAGUCAGGUAUGCCUUACAAAGAGAAAAAGCCGCUUACAAUUACUCGUUUGGAAUCACCUUUUGCUUGGUAUUCUUUUGACUGCCUAAGAAUUCAUGUGAAUCAAAUUGAAAGUCUACAUUUUGAAGACCCUGAAGACAGAGAGGCAAUACAUGUUUUAUUGAAUAGAAUCAUCUCAAGUGAAAUAGGCUCUAAAUCUGAUUUUGUAUUUGAUACUCAUGUACGAUUCCCUCUGUAUGAGACCUAUGUCUAUAUAGAUGCUCCAAAGUAUAUCAAAUCACUCACAAACCUCAAGCGAUCAUUAGUUCAAGCCAGCGCCAAAUCCUCUCAAUGUGAGAUGAGCUCAAAGAAACAAUCCAACCGAGAUAUCUUUUAUGAUCAUUUGAUUAAAUUGAAAAAGGACUUGACUAAGGGUAAAGAUGUCUAUAAUCGGUCACUUUUUGAAAAGAGAUUCUGUCUUAAAUGGACAGAUAAAUAGUCUCAAUAAAAGGAUACAACAAUUCCCUCCUUUUUAUCUUUUUUUCCCCCAUUGAAACCAGAAUAUGCUAUAUAAUAAUCCUUGUACUAUUGAUCGUCUCAAGUCAGUUCAUGCUUGGUAUUCAUUAGACGCUAUAAAAGAAGACUUGUAUGAUAUUGAGCAGUUGGAGUUUACUUUGCCUGCUGAUUGAAAAAUGAUCCAAUCCAGAGUCAAUGAGAUGAUGAAAGGCUUAGACUACAAGCCAUUUCAUACAAUCAAUUGAUUCCC